UAAUGGUAAGUUUUCCAUUAUUUCCAAACAUAGCCGGAAUAUGGUUGAUUAUCUGAAAAAGUCAAUCAUUCAAAUUGCGGCUUUAUGUGGGUUUUUGGAAAAUAGAGGCAAUUUGAGGUUUUCAAAGGCAUUACCAGACUUUGAAUGCGAGAAAACCGUGCUUUUCAGCAAAAGAAGUCCGCUGAAAAGCGAAAAUGAACAGUUUUUAAAACGACUGCAGAUUAAUACAGUGUCGGGCAAACCUACUGUUGAUCUCUAUGAAUUUUUGAGCAAUGUAUUCACGCCCCAGCUUCAAAAGCAUUACUCCAAAGGAAUUAAGCGCAACAUAUCCGCUUUGCAAACGAACCUGAGAGCGCAAAUUUUGGCUGAAAAUGCCCAAUAUUCUUUAACUCCGCAGAAUUUUUCGGUAUUAUCAUAUGUUAAGUCCGUGGAUGAUGAAAGGAGAUAUUGGGAAUGUCUAGCGGCCUCGAAAGCUGAUAAGUUGACACGAAAAUCGGCCGAAAAGUUCGGAAAUUUGCUUCACUCAAUCGCUGGGGAUUUGAGCAUUAUAGAAUCGCUUCCGGUUAGUGAAGUUGAAGAGAUACUAGAACGGGCUCAUAACACUUUAGAUGAUCUGUGGAGGUGCAAUCCAGGCUUUCCCAGAGAUCGCAUGAAGAACUUACUGGAUAUAAUAGGUAAUGCAGCUGUCACUCUUCAUGACUAUAAUGUUGUGGUGGAAAAGUGUUUGCAAAGUGUCGCUCUGGGGGAAAAGUGGCUAACAACUUGCAUGCAGCUUACCGGGCUUUUUUGGCCCAGCUUCAGCUCCAAUCCUUGGAAAGAAGCCGCGUAUCAGCCCUCGGAGUUGGAGCAAUUUAUAUCUCGAAUCCAAGAGGUAGUCAACAUCAGGACUGCUCACAAACAGCUCCUGAGACUGUCCACUCCAGAGGAGCAAAGUGAUUUGGAUGCCGACAAAGUCUUCAAGCCUUUCCUAAAUGUGGACAUUUUCACCUGCGACGAUGUCACCAAAGACCUACUAAAAGCUCGAAAGGAGUUUGAGUAUCUCCUGCAACCGGCCGAAGAAAGAGUGGCUUCGAAGCUGAAGAAGCAGCUGAUGAGCGUAAAUGCAAACACCCGACAGGCAUGCUGAAACGUAACUAGAUUGGCAAUUUCUUUGAUCUUCUUUCAGUUGAUCUACGAGUUCACCAGAUACUCCGAGCUGAUCAAUCGGAAAGUCUUAAAAAACAACCUUCUAGCUGAACGCCAGUUUCUCCUCAACUCACUUAGUGAGUACGUGGCUCAAAUUCAAAGCCAGUCCAAUUUGGAAACUUCCAAAAUCGUGACCAGGCAGGAAACGUCAGACACCAUAAAAGAAAUCCUCUUUAUACGACAACUGGAAGGCAAAGUCAAUGAGGUUGUUUUCGUGCUGGACAAACUGCUCAACGACUUAGAAGGGUUUCAGAGUAUCAAAGACUUCAUUCAAGGGGUAGUGAACAAUUUGAAGUCGCAACAUGGCGAGCUGUUUAAUGGAUGGAGUUCCGAUGUUAUCACCGCUAUUAACAGCAAUAAAUUAAGCCUGAAAGAGACCGACCCAGUGAUAGAAUUCUCCAAGGACAAGCUCAUGAAAGUUAACUACCCUUCGCGCUUAAUCACCCUUAUAUCAGAAGUCCGUCAAUUAAAGGCCAUGGGCUACCAACUUCCUCCCAUCAUUGAGGAAACCAGCGAUCAUGCCAAGAAGUUCAUGAAAUUCGCCCGCUUGCUUGAACAGAUCGCAAACUUCCACAAUACAAUCGGCGAUCGUAUGAUCCCAUCGCAAAAACCAAUGAUGUUAUCCAGUGCUUUGGAGCUCUCAAAAUUGGUGCAAGAACAGGAGGUGGUUUCCUGGGGCGAAGAAAAGCACGUGGAAAAGUAUGCGAACAAUCUGAAAAAAGUUGUAGAUAAAUUGUCGCAGAACAACAAUUUGCUGACCUCCUACCAUAUAGAGAUCAUUGACAAGAUUCAGGACCUGGAAAAUGUGACUCUUCUAAAGGAUUUCUCCAGAUGGAGUCAGACGAUUAAAAACAUCAAAACCGUUAUAGCAAACGUGGAAAACAAGGGCUUCAAAAACCUGCAAUCGUGGAAAAGCGAAAUUGAUGUAAAACUUUGCGCAAUUUUAGAAGCUGAGUAUACGAAAAACCUCACAUCACUGCACUUGACUUUAGAGGAAAUUCGUGUAGAUUUGGUUUAUCGCAAUUCGGCCCUAAAUUUUUCCCCAGACCAAUUAAUCCUCGAUCAAAUGUAUGAGCAGCAACUGAAAAAGUACCUGAACAUCCCCAAGAACUUCAAAGGAGUUUCUGAUAAUUCUGAGCAGAUUUACGGAAAAAUCAUCGAAAGGAACGAAGCGGUUUUGGAAAAUGUCUCCAAACAGAAAAAAGAACUAUUCGAACAGCUUGAUGCAGUGAUCAAACAUUGGCAGUCUUGGCUGCAGUUUGAGCCUCUGGACGCGAAGAAACUCACCUCAUGGGAGCACUGGGACCUGCACUUUAGGGCUUCAAAGACCUUUGGCCAGGAGAUAGCCAAAUUGCCCAGCGCAGAGGAGCGAGUUGGGUGUUUCCUGAUCGGCCUUUCCAGAAUGAGAUCCGACUUGGAGUCUCACAACAGAAGCUACUGGGACCAACUGGUGUACUCCUUGAAAGAUUCCAUAGCGGAAGACGUGGUGAAGCUGCAAAACUUCAUCGACCCCUCAACUGCGGCUCUAACUAAGCAACCAGUGUCUUUGGAGGAGAUUGGAGAAAGUGGGUUUAACUACAGCAGCAUUACUGAGGCGCACCAAGAGAUGGAGGCAACGUUCAAGCAAAUGCUCAAUAAAGCGCAAACUCUAGCCAGUUGGUCCAGAGAACAGGUGGACUCAGUAAAUCGACUGAAAGGAGCUUGGGAUAGAUUGGGGAGUCUCAUCAGCAACCAUCAGCACAUCAUGGCCAGACAGAUGGAGACCAUCAGAACGUCCCUAAGCAUCGAACAGGAAAAUCUCCUGAAGGAAAUCGAGCGGUUUGACUGUAACUACAAGAAAUUCAACCUGGAACACCCGGACAUUGUGAUUAUAACUGAAGUGGAACGCGCCCUGAAUGAAGAGGAGUUGUCCUGGAAAGCGUUCGAGCAGUUCAACACGGAGUUUGAAAAAUUCUCCUCGCAGUACUGGAUCGUAUUCAGGAAAAAGUGCUAUGAAUUGGAGGAUUUCAUCCAGACUUGGGCACAGCGGUUUAAUCAAGAGAACACUUUGUCGCGGUUUGUGUCCACAAUUUUGCAGGAUUUGCAAAAAUACAAAGAUAUCGCCCCAGCGUUAAAAUACGUGAAGGGGGAAGAUUUCUCGGAGAAGCACUGGAGCGAUGUUUUCGGAAUCCUAAAAAUCCAGCCGAAACCGAUUGAUCAAAUUCUGUUAAAAGACUUCUUGGAUGUUCAUGAGAAUAUUCGGGGCAAUGUCAAGGAGCUUCAAACUUUAUGCAAAAAGGCCGCUAGCGAGAUUGUGAUUCGGCAGACGCUAAAGGAGAUCGACCAGUGGGAAGUUCAGACGAAGUUUUUGUUAACAAACCAUGCAGAUUCUCAUGGGAAACCAAUUGCUGUGAUCAAGGAAUUCACGGAUAUUCUAAACACCAUUGGAGAUCAUCAGAUUCUGCUGCAAUCGCUGAAACAUUCCAGCAAUCUGAACGCCUUCGCGGAAAGAGCGACUAGUUGGGAAAACAAGUUGGAGGAAUUGAAUGGCUUUCUCAACUCUUUGGCGCAGAUUCAAAAGAAAUGGCUUUAUUUGGAGCCAAUUUUUGGGGGCGGCACUUUGGCACAAGAAAAAGUGAGAUUCGACCGACUAGAUCGGGACUUUCGCAAAAUUAUGGCAUUCAUCGAACGAGACACUCGGGUGACGGAAAUAUGCAAUUUUCCGAACCUCAACUCUACAUUAUUAUCGAUUUUGGAGCAGUUAUCGCGCUGCCAGCACAGCUUGGAUGCCUUCUUAAAGGAAAAAAGGGAAAUCUUUUCCAGAUUCCUCUUCCUGAGUGACGAUGAUUUACUGGAAAUCAUCGGCCAAUCAUCCAAAGAGCAAGUGAUUCAAUCGCACCUGAAGAAGCUGUUUGCUGGAGUCCAUUCGGUCCAGUUGGAUGCGACUUCGUCCAAUAUUGUGGCCAUGUGUUCUUUGCAGGGUGAAGUUGUGAAGCUGGAAAAUGCGGUAAAGAUCCAACGCCCUGUGGAGGAGUGGCUAGGGAAAUUGGUAAAGGAAAUGCAACGCACUUUGAAAGAACUACUGGUGAUUUGCCAAAAGGAAAAUCAGGCCGAUCCGCUGAAAUACCCGUCACAGAUACUGUGCUUAUCAGAUAAUAUAUCAUUUACUCAGAAGUGUGAGCAAGCGAUUAGUAGCAUGACUCUGCCAGCUUUGUUGGCAAAAUAUAAGGCACAAUUAAACGAUUUAAGUUCUUUAGAACUAAAUUCUUCUGCAGAAAUGUCGUCGAAAGACGACUCAAAUGUCUUAGAAUUGAAGCUAAAGGCGCUUCUUCUCGACACCAUCCAUCAUAUACGAGUUUUGGAUGAGUUGUUAAGCAAAAAUGUGACAAAAGUUAGUGAAUGGAUAUGGCAAAAACAACUAAGAUAUUACGCGAAUUCUGUAGGUGAUGUGACCAUAAAAAUGGCAAAAGCUCGAAUGAUGUACUCGUAUGAAUAUUUGGGAAACGAGCCGAAACUGGUUCGAACACCCCUGACUGAACGGUGCUUUUUGACUCUAACUCAGGCUAUGCACUUGGGGCUAGGAGGAAAUCCAUAUGGGCCAGCUGGCACGGGUAAAACUGAAUCCGUUAAGGCUUUAGGGGCGAUUUUGGGGCGCCAAGUGCUGGUUUUCAACUGCGACGAAGGCAUCGAUGUUAAUUCAAUGGAAAGGAUACUGACUGGCUUAGUUAAAACUGGCGCAUGGGGAUGUUUCGAUGAAUUCAACCGGUUGGAUGAAACCACACUUUCUGCCAUAUCCAUGAACAUACACGCCAUACAAGAGGCGCUAAGGAACAGCUCUAAAGCUGUGAGCAUCGGCGAUCAAGAGGUUCCAGUUGAUAGACACUGUGGAAUAUUCGUGACUCUAAACCCCGCAGGAGCAGGUUAUGGGGGCCGAAAUAAACUCCCGGAUAAUCUGAAGCAACUCUUUCGGCCCGUGGUCAUGACCCAUCCAGAUCACGAGGAAAUCGCCCGAACAUCGUUGCAUUGCGACGGGUACCGAUAUGCCGAUGUUAUAGCCAAGAAAGUCGUCGAAGUUUUUGAUAUAUCAAGUAAACUUCUGAGCAAACAGCAGCAUUACGACUGGGGCUUAAGGGCAAUCAAAACGGUUUUAUCCGGGUGCCAAAUGGCGCUAAAAAAAAUCAACACCUCCAGCGAAGCGAAAACCCUAUCGGCAACAGAGGAGCUGGGCAUUGUAGUCAGCACUCUGCGGAUGGACAUUGUUUCGAAACUUACUUUCUUCGACACUCUGAAAUUCAAUGAGAUCAUCGCUAACACUUUUAAGGACAUUCCGGUGGAAACUUUGGAGGACCAGCCGCUAAAAGUCGCUAUUUUAGAAUGCUACAAAGAGCUGAAGCUGUGCCCCAAUGAACGACAGGUAAACAAAUGUUUGGAGUUCUACAAGCAGCUGACGCAACGAAUGGGAGUAGCCAUAAUCGGACCUCCCAGCUCCGGAAAAACCACCAUCAUUUCCAUUGCAGCCAAGGCAAUAGCAAAACUACAGAAGAAGCUGAAGACCUACCCGGUUAAUCCUAAGAGCAUGUCGCGCCAGCACCUUCUGGGAUACAUGGAUCAUCUAAACCAGUGGAAUGACGGCGUUUUGACUAGUUACAGCCUGCAAGUGUCUGCAGAGGCUGAAGAUGCGUGGUCGUGGAUUAUCUGCGAUGGAGACAUCGAUCCGGAAUGGGUGGAGUCGCUCAAUUCCGUUCUGGACGACAAUAGACUGAUGACUUUGCCAUCCGGUUGGCGAAUCCAUUUCGGCCCAAAUGUGAACUUUGUCUUUGAAACUCACAACCUGAAAAACGCGUCGCCGGCAACUAUUUCCAGAAUUGGGAUCGUGUAUCUUGGAGCUGAAGAUGUGAACCUGGGCGAUUUUGUCAAUGCCCAGCUGAGAGCCCAAAGAUUGUCUGCUGCUAAGCUGGGGCAUUUGGAAGCGUUCAUGGGCGAAUUUUCUAAAGGGGUCGAAUGGGCCAUGAAAGAUGGGGAAAUUGCCAUAAGGAGGAGUAUAAUUUCGGUGGCCAAAACAGCCCUUGUUCAAGUGGAGGACGCUAGAAGCAAGACCGAGUUCAUAGUCGCUCUGAUUAAUGGUGUGGGGCAACAGUUGAAGCCAGAAUACAGACAACUGUUUGCUGAAAAAGUUUUUGAGUGGUUUGAUGAAACUGCGCCAAAUUUCGCGCUGAAGUUGUAUUACGACGAAAACAGGCAUGACAUUGAAACUUACCAUACUGAUCCCCAGAUGACCGUUGAAGAUGGUCGGCAUGGCAUUCCUCUAAUGCAGACCGGGCAAGUCCUCAAAUACUUAGACAUUCUGGAACCUUUUCUAGUUGAUUCCUUUGGGGAACAUUUGCUGCUUGCUGGACCGCAUGGAUGCGCGAAAAGAUUACUGGUGCAGCACCUGACAAAGGAGCAAUCCGAUGUUUCUCUAGUUGAAAUUAACUGCAGUUCUAACUUAUCGACGAAUUACAUAAUGCACAAGUUGCAUCAGCAUUGCCUUGCAAUAACCACCUUUAAAGGCACAAUACUUAAACCGAAGAAAGGAAAACUGGUGCUUCACUUUCGAAACAUGCAUUUGCUGGGCAUGGAUGAAUGGGGAACUAAUAUGGUUGUCGAGUUUCUAAACCAGCUGAUAGGCUACAACGGAUUCUUCAACGCCAAGACGGAAUUCAUCAACAUUCAAAAUGUGAUGAUUAUUGGGACUUUGAUGGGCACUCAGGCAAUAUCUGAGCGGUUCUUGUCGAAGCUGCAUCUGGUCAACAUCGAUUUCCCUGAUAAAGAGGACUUGUCCGUCAUUGUCGUCGCCUACUUAUCGGCCAUCAUCAGGUCAUUUUUCUCCAGCGCCAAUUUUCCCAAGCCCAAAGUCGUGAAAUUGGCCAUAACAAUGAUAACGAUCUUCAAUAAGAUUCGCGACACUCCAGAACUUCACAGGCAGGGUUUUGGCUCUAUAAAUCCUCACGAUUUGGUGGGCUGGUGCAACCAUCUGCAGUUCUACUCAACUUUGCAGUCUGAACACGCCAUGUGCUAUGAAGCAUUGAAAAUUUUCAGCGACCGACUGGCGCGGGUGGAGCAAAAACAGACUCUGCUAAAUAUUUUGAAUGAUUCAAUAAAAGCCGAUUGGGACCUGGAAAAUAUCGCAGAUCAAGCCUCUAGGCACUACUAUGUUUCAAGAGGCGAAGCCUUAAAUAAAGCCACAGUUUUCGAGAAACUCUCCAAGAAAAAUUGGGAAAUGGAAGUCCAGCGUGGAAUAGUCCAGUUUGGAAAGGAAAGCCAGGACCUGGACACAAUAAUUAACGACGAAAUCCUAUCGCUCACUGCCGCCGUAACAAGAGCUGCGCUUAUUCCACAGUACAACUUGGUGCUGCUUGGAAAAUCAGGCCUUGGGCGCAAAACUGCCAUAAAAAUCAGCUCAGCCCUUCUUUCCAAGAGAAUCAUUCAUCCGUGCAGUGGAAGUCCUCCACUGUUCCCAAACGACCUCAAACUGGCAGUCCAAUAUGCAGGCUUAGAGUGCGAAGACGUUCUUUUGAUACUGGAAGAUUAUGUUUUCUGCACUCAGCUGAACAUGACCAUAAUAAAUUUGUUGAUGAGUGCAGGCGAGGCUCCGGAUCUCUAUUCGGACAUUGAGAUGGAUUCCUUGGUUAAAGGGUUGAAGGACAAGCUGGAUAGUGAUAAUUUUGAAGGAGAUUUGAACCAAUACUUUGCCACUAAUAUCAAAAAACAUCUGCAUGUUUUUAUUUGCCUGGAUCAGGACAGUGAGGGUCUUCGCGAUAUAAUUGUGAAGUGUCCAGCUUUGUCCCAAAAUAGUGGGCUGGUCUGGAUAGAAAAGUGGAGCGGCGAAACGAUAAAAAGCUUCCCCCAGAAGCUAAUUCAUCAGCUGGGUGGAAUCGACGCCAAUUACUCCACGAGCACUUUUGAACAAAUCUACAAAUCUUUGCCCAGUGUAACACCAACCAGAUACAUCUGCAUGGUGAAGUUGUGCUACUCAGUUUACAAAGAAAAUGAAUCGUCUAUUAAUUCCAGAAUUACCAAGCUAGAGAGUGGAAUUUUGAAAUUAACUGACGCGAAAAAUUUAGUGAGCGAGCUGAAGCACAAAGCAGCCGAACAGCAGGAGAAACUGGCGGAAAAACAGUCGAAAGCAAACUCGGCCUUAGAUAUGAUAAGCAACACUAUCAAAGGUGCCCGCUGUGGGAAACAUCAAAACCGAAUCCCUAUCAGAAAUCCGCUCUUUGCGAGCUCCGCCUGAGAUUAUCCGUGAUAUUCUCGAAGGCGUAUUGAAGCUGAUGGGCACCCAGGACACUUCCUGGAACAGCAUGAAGACAUUUCUAGCCAAACGGGGAGUAAAAGAGGACAUUCGAUCGUUCGAUGCAAGUCGAAUACAAACCGAGAACCGGCAGGCAGUGGAAAGACUCAUGAGUACGAAGAGAGAUUCGUUUGACCAAAAGUCUGCAAAACGGGCUUCAGUUGCGGCCGCUCCUCUGGCGGCUUGGGUUGAUGCCAACGUGAAAUACUCCAGGGUGUUGGAUAAAAUUCGACCACUGGAAAGAGAGCAGAACAAACUGAAGCAAAAUCUAGAUAAUGCAGAAACUCAGUUAGUUGAGCUAAAUGCCAAUCUGUCUGAUGUGGAUGCGACAGUGGCCAAAUUAAAGGAACAACUAUCGCAGUUUACAAAGGAAGCAGCGGAAAUUGAGAUUGGAUUAAACGAAGUCAAUCGGACUUUAGCGUCCGCAGAAAAUCUCGUCUACAAGUUGGAAGAUGAGUAUCAGAGGUGGCAAGAGCAGCUGAAGGAGCUUUCAAAAGAGCUGGAGGUUUUGCCAAACGACUCGCUCCUAGCUGCUGCUUUUAUAACUUUCUUGUCUGAGGAAGAGGAAAUUAACAGAAGGAACAUUCUAACGACAUGGUGCUCCUUACUGGGCAAAGAUGAGUUUGACUUGAUGGCAUUUUUUGCGUCAGAGCGUGAGCAACUGCAAUGGCAAUCUGAGGGCCUUCCAAACGAUCGGGCUUCUUUGGAAAAUGCUGUUGCUAUGAAGAAAGGGCUUUUGUCUCCGUUAGUGGUCGAUCCCAACUCAACAGCGGCGCAUUGGCUGAAGGCACAUUACACGAAAAGCAAGCAGAACUUUGAGCAUAUCGCUGCCAACUCGCCCAAGUUGAAUACAGUUCUUGAAGCCGGUAUCCGAUUUGGCAAAAUCCUUCUGAUUGAAGAACUGGAAAGUGUACCACAUCAUUUAUUCCCGAUACUUAGAAGCGAUUUUGUGGUCCAAGGGGAGCGCAAAAUGAUUCGGAUGUUCGGCAAGCUGGUAGACUGCCAUUCGGACUUUAAAGUCAUAAUGUGCAGUCGCAACGAGCGCAUUAAACUUCCGGCAGAAAUCGCCUCGUAUAUUUGCGUCCUGAACUUCAACGUCAGAAUUUGCUGGCGACGCUCAAUGAAACCAAAUCCAACUCCACUGCAGUGACUGCCGCCUUGGACGAAUCCACAAAAGUCCAAAAUGACCUGCGGAAGGAAUAUGAGAUGUUUCUGGACAUAUCUUCGUAUGGAAGCCGGCUGUAUUUCGCCUGCAGAGAGUUUGGAAACUUUCACAUUCUUUAUUCCGUAUCAGCCGGUGCAUUCAGCAGGAUAUUCCUUUUGUGCCUGCAAACCACUCAGUCUCAAGCUGAUAAUCCAGAGAUCCAGACACGGCAUUUGUUCCAAAGCAUUUACAAUUACAUGGCCCGGGGGAUGUUUAAGAGCGACAAAUUGACUUUUUUCUUACACUUGGUUUGCCGCAUGUUUCCGAUAGCGGUUCCGGAGGUGGAAAUGCGCCUUUUCCUAGCCAAUAAUUCCUAUCAAAAAUUGGGCGAGGAAAACGACUCUGAUUUGCCAGGAUGGAUUCAACCCUUUUCUGUGCCGGCAGUUCUUAACAUUAAGAAUGCUUUGCCCGAUUUGUACAAGAAGUUGCAGUUGAAUGAGACGAACCUUUGGACCAGUUUCAUGGAAUCUACACAGUGCGAGAAGGAAUUUCCCAAACACUGCCAUGCAUCAGAAUUUCAAAAGCUGCUGGUGGUACAAUGUUUAAGACCUGAUAAGCUUUUGACUUGUAUCGAAAUCUGUUGCCUACGAAUAUCAGGACUCCGAACGGUAGAUCCCCCAGUUUUAAGCGUAAGCUCCGUCCAUGCCAAAUCCAGUGCGGAAGAACCGAUUUUAUUAAUCACAACCUCUGGAAUGGAUCCUUCAGUUGAAAUAAGCGAUUUAGCCAGGCAACUUAAUCAUCCCUUUGAAGAGAUAUCCAUGGGAGAAGGAAGUGAAGCUAAGGCUCUGACCAGUCUGGAAAAAUGCAGACAAUCGGGAAAGUGGCUAAUAUUGAAGAACUUACAACUGGUAACCUAUUGGCUUUCUGUACUCGCCCAAAAUCUGAAAAGUAGCCACUGCUCGGACAAAUUCAGAUUGUGGCUCAUUACGGAAUCUACUACAAAAUUCAAUGCAGUAUUGGCACAAAAUUGCUUAAAAAUCGCCUAUGAAGAGCCGCAAGGAAUCGGGAACAACAUGCAACGAAUCUACGCAUCGUUGGGAGAACAGUAUGAAAAUAAAUUGAGUCGAACUUCUGCCCGAAUAUUCUUCGUGUUUUCCAUGCUGCAUGCGUUGCUACAAGAACGACGGAAAUACAUACCGCAAGGCUGGUCGAAGUACUACGAAUUCAAUCAUACAGAUAUGCAAACCGGGCUGAAUUUAACUGAAGAUCUGUGGAACGUGGAUACAACUCGGGUUCAAUGGCAAUUUAUCACUGGGUUGUUAAGCGAGGCUGUUUAUGGAGGAAGAAUAGAAAACGUUGAUGAUACGAACAUCUUGGAGACGUACUUGGCCAUGUACUUUAAAGACGAGAUUUUAAGCCACAAAUGGAGGCCGUAUGGGCUGAACGUUAAUUUACCCAACAGCGGCCAAAACAAGGAAUAUUGUCAAGUCAUUAAAGGGUUUCCCAACAAAUAUCCUCCGUCUAUGUUUGGGCUGCCUGAAAAUAUUGAUAAAGCCCGUGAAAAGCAAAUGUCUUCGACUUUAAUCCAGCAGCUGAAGAGAUUUUACCAAAAGCACACUGCCAAAACACCUACAGCCGGUAUGAACUUCAAGCUUCUGCAUCCAUUUUUCAUUUUAUGGAAGAAGGUCAACCAGGGCCACGAUUUUAUACGACUGAGCUUGCCUGGGGGAAGGAAAAGCGCUUCUGCCCUCGAAUCGUACGUGUAUGAGGAAUACUCCAAGGGCGUAACGCUAAUACAGAUGAUCCAUAAGGAUUUUGCGAAUUUCAACAAAAUCUCAAAAGGUCUGCAGGAAGCAGAACCAAAUGAAGUACUGGCGGCUAACAGCCUUGGGGAAUCACAAACACCUACAGCCUGGAUUCACUUUUGGAAUGGCCCAAAAGACCCCACUCAGUAUUUGACUGAGCUUUUGCAGAAAACCGAUCACUUGUCCAUAUGGAAUUCGAAAAGCAUUGAAGAACUGCUCAAGCAGCCUGUAAAGUUGUCCAUGUUCUUCAGUCCGGAUACUUUCCUAGCAUGCUCCAAACAGGGAUUUGCCAGGUUUUCGAAUGUGCCUUUGGAAGAAUUAGUGCUUCAAACUAGCUGGACUUCUUCAAGCAAUCAUGCACUCAUUUUGUCUGGCAUUCUCAUCGAAGGCGCUUUACUCGAGAACGGGGUUUUAGUGGCAUGCAAAAGUAACUCGGAAAGCAUCAAUCUGACGCCAAAUUGCUACCUAAACUGGACUGAGAAGGAUAAAUUGCCGCAAGACAAUUUUGCAAAAUUUCCGCUAUACACCGACUCCAGCAGGGAAUCGAAGAUAACACACAUUCAAGUGGAAUGCAGUGCUAGUUUAAGAGAUCAAUAUGUGCUUAGUGGACUUGCAUUUUAUUUGAAACAUUAGUUCCAGUUAAAAAAACAUUUCUAUUGGAA